AUUUUCUUGGCAGAACAGGAAAACAAUGGCGAGAGUGUCGAAGCUUUUUCUCUCCAACAAUUUCAGAUGACCAAAACAGACCAAUGAAACUGAUCUCUACUUUGCGUACACACGUCUCUCUGAGUCUCACCAAAUACCUUCACUUUCCAUGGCGUACUCUCACCUAUGCAACCACCCAUCACUAUCAUCAGCAACCCUUAUCAGAACCACCCGAACUAGCUCACGCCGUAGCUUCCAUGCACUCCAUCUCUUCAUAUCCGUGGUUUCCUCUUCUGGGUAUUUGCCGAAACAUCGAUUCUCUCAAGAAAGUCCACGGCUUGCUCAUUGUGCAUGGCCUCACCGGUGAGCUUCCGUGCGAUACUAAGUUGGUUAGUAUGUAUGGUUCAUUUGGGUACGUUGAGAAUGCGCGUUUGGUUUUUGAUAAGAUAGAGAACCCAGAUUUUUAUUCGUGGAAAGUGAUGAUCAGGUGGUAUUUUUUGAAUGAUUUGUAUGAGGACAUUAUUGGGUUCUUCACCUGUUUGAGAAAAUGCCUCAUAGAGUGUGAUAAUGUUGUGUUUUCGAUUGUGUUGAAGGCGUGUUGUGAAUUGAGGAAUGUUAAUGAGGGGAGGAAGGUACAUUGCCAGAUUGUUAAGGUUGGGAGCCCUGAUAGUUUCGUGUUGACGGCUCUUGUGGAUAUGUAUGCGAAAUGUGGAGAGGUUGGGAGUUCUCGUGAGGUGUUUGAUGAAAUUCUUGAUCGAAAUGUGGUUUCGUGGACGUCGAUGAUUGUGGGGUAUGUGCAGAAUGAUUGUCCGGAAGAAGGGUUGGUCUUGUUUAAUAGAAUGAGAGAAGGGUUAGUUGAAGGAAAUGAGUUUACCGUAGGGAGCUUAGUCACUGCAUGUACGAAGUUAAGAGCUUUACAUCAGGGGAAGUGGGUUCAUGGGUAUGUGAUUAAAAAUGGUAUUGAAUUUAAUUCUUUCUUGGCGACUGCACUUCUAGACAUGUAUGUUAAGUGUGGGGAUGUUAGAGAUGCUCGUUCCGUCUUUGACGAGCUUUCUGUUAUUGAUCUUGUUUCAUGGACAGCUAUGAUUGUUGGGUAUGCACAGUGUGGUCAUCCCAGUGAGGCAUUAAAGUUGUUUAUGGAUGAGGAGUGGGUUGAUAUAUUACCGAAUUCGGUUACGGCUUCAAGUGUGCUUUCAGCAUGUGGGCAGCUAGGCAAUUUGGAUUUGGGAAGGUCAGUUCAUGGUCUGGGGAUUAAGCUUGGGUUAGGUGAUCCUACAGUGAGGAAUACUCUUAUCGAUAUGUAUGCAAAAUGCCAUGCUGUCAGAGAUGCUCGUUAUAUAUUUGAAGCAGUUAUGGUCAAGGACGUGAUUACUUGGAACUCAAUUAUUUCAGGGUAUUCCCAAGUUGGUUCUGCAUAUGAAGCUCUUGAACUCUUUCAUCAAAUGAGAUCAGAUUCUAUCUCACCUGAUGCGGUCACACUUGUUAGUGUUCUCUCAGCUUGUGCUUCCCUUAGUGCUCUUGGAGUCGGUUCUUCACUUCAUGCUUUCUCCAUAAAGGGGGGCUUACAAUCAUCUGGUGUCUAUGUGGGCACUGCACUUCUAAACUUCUAUGCCAAGUGUGGGGAUGUGAAGUCUGCUCGUAUAGUCUUUGAUGGGAUGGCAGAGAAGAACAGUAUCACAUGGAGUGCAAUGAUUGGUGGUUAUGGAAUGCAGGGGGAUGGUAGUGGGUCCCUUGCACUUUUCAGUGAUAUGUUGAAAGAAAAUUUAGAGCUGAAUGAAGUGAUCUUUACAACUAUAUUAUCAGCCUGUAGCCAUACAGGGAUGAUUGGGGAGGGCUGGAGGUGUUUCAAUUUGAUGUGCCGGGACUAUAAUUUUGUUCCUUCCAUGAAGCAUUAUGCAUGUAUGGUAGAUCUAUUAGCUCGUGCUGGCAGACUUGAAGAAGCCUUGGAUUUUAUUGAGAAUAUGCCAAUUCAACCAGAAGUUAGUGUGUUUGGAUCUUUUCUCCAUGGAUGUGGACUCCAUGGAAGGUUUGAUCUUGGAGAAGUGGCAAUCCGCAAAAUGCUAGAGUUACAUCCUAAUGAAGCUUGUUACUAUGUCCUCAUGUGUAACUUGUAUGCUUCAGAUGGAAGAUGGAGUCAGGUUAAUCAGGUGAGGGAGCUGAUGAAGCAAAGAGGAUUGAGGAAGUCCCCUGGGUGUAGCCAAGUGGAGAUGGAUAUCAGUGAUGAUUACUCACUUCCCAAAUUUGCAUCGCUCCGGUAGUUAUAUGCUUUAUCAUACAUGCACACCAUAAGAUGAUAAGGAGUUUUCAAAGCUGUGAGGCUCAUUGUUACCAACUUGAAUGCAAUUUUUGUGGGGUUGUAUAAUAGAAGGUUAAGUUCUUUCAGAAAUUGACACUCGACUGUUGCCAACUGCCUUGUUCCACCAUUGUUGAAAAGUAUCUGAGAGAUGACUUGGAAGUUGGAACAGUUACUUUACAAUGCUCUAAAGUGUACAUACUACUAACACCAUGAUGAGAUAAACCACAGGAACUCAAGACACAGGUGAGACUAUUUUGCUCGACACAUGGAAGCACAUCUACCUACAUGUGCCAAGUAUACCUGAACAAUUCCUAUGGGGCUGAUUGUGAUGGCCUGAUGGGAGAAGUCGAGCCUGGGACUUCUGCUUUAUGAGUUGGCUAAGAGUCACAUUCUUCUUGUGAAGAUUCUUUCUGGCUUCUGCAACCUCAACAUAUAAUAACCCUGGAUAUAACUUUCUGAAAGUCUUAUGCUUUUACAAUAAAUGCAUAAGACCACCUAACAUGGCUAUGAAGAAUGAUACGUUUACUUUACAAUACAUCCAUGAAAGUGUGUAAUGUUUAGAGGUGACAGUCAAGCCUUCAAUGUCAGUGGUGACUUCAACGUGAUAUUGUGAGCCAUUGUUCAAGAAGGGUAACACAGAAUUGGCAUUAGAUGGUGGUAAGAGUUGACGGAAGAUAUCUAUUUAUGUGGAAACCUUUGUUUAUUGAAUAAGACCGGGCACAAACAUUUUCCUUUUUGUUAUUUUUUGAAAUGUUCUAAGCAUAUUGUAUCCCAUACAAAUAUACAAUGAUUAAUUUAUUACUUUA